AUGUUUCUGUCCGAUCGCUCAUUCAAGGACCCCGUAGCAAGGCAUGGAAAAAAGGUUUAUCAGAAUUGGACCCAGAAGCAGACCAGGAGUAAGAAGAUGCUGGAGGAGGAGGGCUCGACCAAGACGGGCAGUAUGUUGGACCUCUUCAGGAUCCCCUACUUGAGAAAACGGGCUCUCAUUCUCUGCUAUAUCUGGUUUGUAACCAGUCUGGUGUACUAUGGGGUGAGUCUAAACGUGGGUAACUUUGGUCUGGACAUCUAUCUGACCCAGCUGAUCUUUGGCAUUGCUGAGCUCCCUGCCCGACUGGGCUCCCUGCCCCUCAUAGAACACUUUGGACGGAGGAUGUGUCAGGCCAUCGCCCUGUUCUUCGGAGGCACAGCCUGUCUUGUUCUUCUAGCUGUUCCAGAUGACAUGCCAGUAGUGACGACAGUCAUAGCCGUGUCAGGGAAAUUUGCCCUGGCUGCCUCCUUCACCAUCAUCUAUGUUUACACAGCUGAGCUCUAUCCCACUGUAGUGAGGUAUGUUCAUUACAGCUGAGCUCUAUCCCACUGUAGUGAGGUAUGUUUAUUACAGCU